AUGCAACUCGAUACUGUGUACCAUGAACCCAUUGCUUUCGCAUCAAAGAAUGAAUCUGACACAUUCCGUCUUUUAAGCUGGGGAACCGAGUCGUCACGCGCCAUUACAUGCAAUGGAAUCAGCAAGGUGAUUUCUCAUAACCUCGAAGUUGCUCUGAGACACUUGCGACCACUUGUCGACUGGGAUUCAGUAUCGAUAUGGCCCGAAGACCAUCCAUUGCACUCUAGCCGGAAUGCCUGGCGGAACUUUGCACGGAACAGAAGCGAGACUAGGAUGAAUACGCACUCCCAGUGGAAGCCUGUAUGGAUCGACUCCAUCUGCAUUAAUCAAGACGACCCAGACGAGAGAGCAAGUCAAGUCAAGCUGAUGCACGAGAUUUAUCAAAAAGCAUCAGUAGUAAAAGUCUUUCUCGGUGAAGAAGCCCUCGGCCUCGGCGUACCAAGAUUGACUGAUCAUGGAAAUGUACCGGUGGUGCUUGUUUUUCUCGAGCAAGCACUCCGAAAUAUCGAGGCGCAGGAAACCAGCCUAGCGUCCCUCCGGCCAGUGCACGACUAUGCCCAUCGAAGCAAGCUUCAUGGUCUACCAAAGCCCACAGCUUCAGAAUGGGACAUUUUUCGGGGUUUCUUGACCAAUGCUUGGUUUCAACGCACCUGGGUAGUACAAGAGAUUGUGCUGGCCAAGAAAGCCAUCGUCAUCCAGGGCGACUGGCACAUUGACUGGGAUGCCAUUGGGAAGGCUACGGCUUGGUACGCCAGAGAGGGUUACGGAAUGCCUCAGGGGAUCCGAGAAGCACCUGCUGAUGCGCCACAUCUGCAACCACUGGCCGACGCGGCCAACAUGUGGAAAAUGCACCAGCGGCCGACCAAACGCCUGGCUCUUCUGGAUAUCUUGAAGGACUUUCGUUGUCGCGCGGCCACGCAGGCCGUGGACAAGCUGUACGCCACCUUUGGUCUUGCGCAGGAGACCCAGUCUAUUGAAGAGAAAGGCAUACAUGCAUUACUAGAGCCCGACUACACCAAAUCUGUCAAGACAGUGUAUCGCGAUUUGGCAAAGUUUUUGAUCAUCGAGUAUGGCUCCUUGAUUGUUUUAUCCCACGUCAAUGGCUACUCGGCAGACCGAUCCAACUGGCCGUCUUGGGUGCCCGACUGGAGCUUGACCAAGCCAUCCUCCGAGAUUUGGCGAUCGCGACAACAAACAUUAUUUAGAGCGAGCGGCGACGAAGCUCUGACCAUGGAUCUUAGCGGAGAUGAUGAUGUUCUCGUCCUGGAGGGGUGCAGAAUCGAUACUGUCCGCAUCUACGGAGACAAAUUGAAAGGCAGCGGUUUUGGAUUCGUGCCGGAUAAGCAGGAACGGGACUUUGUCAGCACAGCUUGGCGGAUUAUGAAAAGUCGAGAGUCGGGCACCCAAGUCUCUCAGAAUUCGGGAAUGCGCGACCUUUUACGCUCGUUUAUAUACACAAUCACGAUAGGUCUUCAAGGUCCAAAUCCAUGGGGGGAGGAUACUGAUGAGGCUUUGGCCGAUGCUGCACAGUGGUUUUCACAAUAUCUCGGCAAAAGUCUGCCGACGGUUGUCACCUCGAGCGGGAAAUGGUUUCAUGGCAAGAAACCAGAUGCAGGUCGCUUCCACCAGGCCUUUGUGCAUGCAUGCAAAGGUAGGAGAUUUUUCACAACUGAAGAAGGUCGGGUUGGUGUUGGACCCGAGUUUAUCAAGGAGGGCGAUAGUAUAGUCUUGCUGUUUGGUGGGCAAGUUCCUUACAUAGUGAGAGAGUCUGAGGGCAAGCAUAGGCUGAUUGGAGAGUGUUACAUCGACGGGGUCAUGCGAGGCGAAGUCAUUACUGGGAGAAAUGACGGAGAAUGGGGGCAAUCAAAGGAGAGGUUCACCUUAUUUUAG